GAUCCGGUCCGGGUGUUCCGGACACCCGCUCCUCUCCACUGAACUCCAACCCCCGCGCGCUCUCUAUCAGCAUCUCAUUCCUGUCUCAAUAUGUCUCAAGAUGGCGGCCAACGCAGGAUCGAUGUUUCAAUAUUGGAAGCGCUUUGACUUACAGCAACUACAGAAAGAACUUGACGCCACCGCCACACAGCUUGCCAACAGACAGGACGAGAGCGAACAGUCAAGGAAGAAACUAAUCGACCUGAGCCGCGAGUUCAAGAAGACAACUCCAGAGGAUUUAAGGAAACAAGUUGCUCCUCUACUUAAGAGCUUCCAAGGAGAGAUUGAUGCCUUGAGUAAAAGAAGUAAAGAAGCAGAGGCCGCCUUCUUGAACGUGUACAAGAAAAUAAUCGAUGUCCCAGACCCUGUACCUGUGUUGGAGCUGGCUCAGCAGCUGCAGCUGAAGCUCCAGAGGAUGCACGACAUUGAGACAGAGAACACCAAGCUUCGAGAGACACUGGAGGACUACAACAAAGAGUUCGCAGAAGUUAAAAACCAAGAGGUGACCAUUAAGGCCUUGAAGGAGAAGAUCCGUGAGUACGAGCAGACUCUGAAGAAUCAGGCUGAGAACUUGGCCCAAGAGAAGCAGCUCCAGCUACACAAUGACUAUGCAGAAAAAGAGAGAAAACUCCAGGAGAGCCAGGACUCCAUGUCCUCGAGGUUGAAAGAGGCCGAACACAAGGUCCAGUCCCUGCAGACAGCACUUGAAACAACUCAGGCUGAGCUCUUUGAUUUGAAGACAAAGUAUGAUGAAGAAUCUACAGCUAAGGUCGAUGAAAUUGAGAUGGUGAUGACAGACCUGGAAAGAGCCAAUCAGCGAGCUGAAGCAGCCCAGCGAGAGGCAGAGACCCUCAGAGAGCAGCUGUCACUGAGUGACCACCCCCAGCAGCCCAGCAGUCCGGCCAAGGCUGACCCCGACUCUGAACAAGCGGCAGAGACGGCGUCCCACUCAAGUCUGGAGGCGGAGCUCAGGGCCAAAGAAAGGGAGACCGCCCAGCUGGUGGAGGAUGUCCAGAGACUGCAGGCCAGCCUGACCAAACUCCGAGAGACCACCAGCUCCCAGAUCUCACAGCUGGAACAGCAGUUGAGCAGCAAAUCUGCAGUUCUCAAGGAACUGGAGGAGAAACUGGAAAAGCAGGCCGACUAUGAGGAGGUCAAGAAGGAGUUGAGUAUCCUCAAGACUAUGGAGUUUGGAACUUCUGACUCUGUGCAGGACUCUUCCAAACCUCUGGAGGUGCUGCUGCUGGAGAAGAAUCGAGCCCUUCAGUCAGAGAGCGCUGCUCUGCGCAUCGCCAACACCGAACUGAGUGGCCGCUACUCUGAGCUUCAGGUGGAGUUUUCAGCCGCGGUGCGAACCAGCGCCGAGCAGAAGGAGCUGAUCGUGAAGCUGGAGCACGACCUGAGCACCAUCCAGGCCUUGUCCUCCCUCUCACGCCCCGAUGCAGACGGGUCGGAGGUCGUCAACAUUCCAGAGCCCAUCAAAGAGGCCACUGAGAUGUUUAGCGGUUCAGGUGUGAGCCCCCAGCCUGAGCUCCCCCAGGGCCAGAUGGACUCUCUGCUCUCCAUCAUCUCCAGCCAAAGGGAGAGGUUCCGCUCCCGCAACCAGGAACUGGAAGCUGAGAACCGCUCCGUGCAGCAGACCAUGCAGGCCCUGCAGAACGAGCUGGACAGCCUGAGGGCCGACAACAUCAAGCUCUACGAGAAGAUCAAGUUCCUGCAGAGCUACGCGGGCCGAGCCGGCGGCAGCGACGACACGGUGAUGCGCUACUCCUCCCAGUACGAGGAGAGACUGGAUCCAUUUUCUUCCUUCAGCAAGCGGGAGCGUCAGCGCCGAUACCUGAGCCUCAGUCCUUGGGAUAAAGCCACUCUUAGCCUGGGACGCGUGAUCCUCUCCAACAAGAUGGCCAGAACCAUCGCCUUCUUCUACACCCUGUUUCUGCAUUGUUUGGUCUUCUUGGUGCUGUACAAGACGGCCUGGAGCGAGAGCAUCGGCAGAGACUGCACCGCGUUCUGUGCCAAAAAGUACGCUGACCACCUCCACCGCUUCCAUGAGGAUGAGCAAAACCUUUGAGCUGUCCUUCGUUAGCAUCUGCACAAUCCCCGAGCAUGCCGUUCAGGCUCAUUUGUUCCUGUUGUAUCUAAAUUCUCCAUUAGGGGGCAUUUUAGUGCAUUAUUUAAAAAAAUGGUUAUUUGAGUAGAAAGGAGGUUUAAGUUUCUAAUUUCCUGACCUAGUUAUAUUUUAACUUCAUGUUCUUUUUGCUUUUGGGACAACAGAAACCUAAAACACAAUAAUUAUUAGUGCUCUCUGUGUUUAAAUCUGAUUUAAUGAAGAAAAUUUGUUUACUGCACCGAAGUGGACCAGGAUACUGGUAGUGUGGUUUUGAUUAAUUUGUUAGAUUAAUAAUCAGUAAUGAUAAUGAUGGCAGGUCAACAGGGUGUGGAUUAAAGUUAAGGUGGUGGGAUUAGUGCAGAAACGGGUAAAGUAAAAUUAGAUUAAUGGGGUUGAUUAUUGAUCAGAAGGUGCAGUUUGAUUGUUUUUGGUUUUGAAGUCGACUUAUUGUUACUGAAAGAAGACGAGGUGGUUCUGUUGGUUUACAGUUAUUAAAUCUCACAUCUCAAUAAACUUUAUUUCUGUGCAUGUUUACCUUUUAGCCCUCUCUCUUCUGUCUCUGCAGAUGUAUUCAAAUAAAGACUAUGCAAUCA